UCACUGUGAUACGGAAAUCUCGCGAGAUUUCCUUCUUCUUCGCUCCCGGGAAACUUCUCUCCACCGAGCUAGCUUAGUCGCUAUCAGUAGCGGGUCAGAAUGCCGUCGAAUGAAUAUGAUGACUCGAAGCCAAGCUGGGCCGACCAGGUUGAAGAAGAGGGAGAUGAAGGCACUCUUCCAUCACCAAAAGAGACAGUCAAAGGCAAUAUCAAGACUGUCACAGAAUACAAGAUAGAUGAGGAUGGCAAGAAGGUCAAGAUUGUCCGAACUUUCAAAAUUGAGACAAGGAAAGCUUCCAAAGCUGUCGCCAGGAGAAAGAAUUGGAAAAAAUUUGGAAAUUCCGAAUAUGAUGCACCGGGUCCUAAUGUAGCCACCACCACUGUCAGUGAUGAUGUCUUCAUGACCUUCAUCUCCAGUAAGGAGGACUUAAAUUCUCAAGACCAGGAUGAAGAUCCUAUGAACAAGCUGAAAGGCCAGAAGAUCGUGUCUUGUCGUAUUUGUAAAGGGGAUCACUGGACCACCCGCUGUCCCUAUAAAGACACUCUGGGUCCCAUGCAGAAGGAGCUGGCUGAGCAGCUGGGCCUGUCCACUGGGGAGAAGGAGAAGGCUGCAGAGCCUGAACCUGCUCAGCCAGUCCAGAGCAAGACCGGGAAGUAUGUUCCUCCCAGCCUGCGGGAUGGAGGCACGCGCCGAGGAGAGUCCAUGCAGCCCAACCGCAGAGCUGAUGACAAUGCUACAAUCCGUGUGACCAACCUGUCUGAGGACACGAGGGAGACGGAUCUGCAGGAGCUCUUCAGACCGUUCGGCUCCAUCUCUAGGAUCUACCUGGCCAAGGAUAAGAAUACGGGCCAGUCUAAAGGUUUUGCCUUCAUCAGCUUCCACCGGCGUGAGGAUGCGGCCAGAGCCAUCGCAGGAGUGUCAGGCUUCGGUUACGAUCAUCUUAUCCUCAAUGUGGAAUGGGCCAAACCAUCCAACAACUGAGAGUGAGUGCUCCGCUUAUAUUCCAGGAGGACGACUGAACGUUGUUCCAGUAGUGAAUUGCUGUUGAUUGAAUUAAUAAACAUGAUGAUGAGUAA